CUGAGAAACAGUGGCGCACAACCGUGUGUGGUGUGUGUGGUGCUAAAUAGCUAAACUUUGUAACUUUCUUCUCAAAUCUCAGUAGUUUUUUUCCCUAAACGCGAAUAGAGUGCUGGAAUCAUCGUCAACAUGAGUAUACUUGCCAAAAUAGCAGAGAUUGAAAAUGAGAUGGCCAGGACACAGAAGAACAAGGCCACAGCUCACCACUUGGGUCUGCUCAAAGCACGUCUUGCCAAACUGAGGAGGGAACUCAUUACACCGAAAGGAGGCAGUGGGGGUGGAACAGGAGAAGGUUUUGAUGUGGCAAAAACCGGUGAUGCACGAGUUGGCUUUGUCGGUUUUCCUUCAGUAGGGAAGUCAACGCUGUUAAGUAACCUUGCAGGUGUGUACUCUGAGGUCGCUGCCUACGAGUUCACUACUCUUACUACAGUACCUGGAGUCAUUCGGUAUAAAGGUGCCAAAAUUCAGCUCCUCGAUCUCCCAGGAAUCAUUGAGGGAGCCAAGGAUGGCAAGGGCAGAGGCAGACAAGUCAUUGCAGUGGCUCGAACCUGCAAUCUAAUCCUUAUAGUCCUGGAUGUGUUGAAGCCUCUUGUGCAUAAGAAGCUAAUAGAACAUGAGCUGGAGGGCUUCGGCAUUCGACUUAACAAGCAACCACCCAACAUUGGUUUCAAGAAGAAGGACAAAGGAGGCAUUAACUUUACAACUACAUGUCCACAAACUGAGCUAGAUUCUGAGACGGUUAAGAGCAUCCUGGCAGAGUACAAGAUACACAACGCCGACAUCACUCUGCGCACGGACUCCACUGCUGAUGACCUCAUUGAUGUUGUGGAGGGAAAUAGGGUGUACAUCCCAUGCAUCUAUGUCCUCAAUAAAAUCGACCAGAUCUCCAUUGAGGAGCUUGACAUCAUCUACAAGGUGCCCCAUUGUGUUCCCAUCUCAGCUCACCACCGCUGGAACUUUGAUGACCUGCUGGAGAGGAUGUGGGACUACCUGAAGCUUGUGCGCAUUUACACCAAACCCAAAGGCCAGCUCCCUGAUUACACAUCUCCUGUCGUACUCCCUGAUGAACGAACUUCAGUCGAGGAUUUCUGCUUGAAGAUUCACAAAAACCUUGUGAAAGAAUUUAAGUACGCACUCGUGUGGGGCUCAUCUGUGAAACACAACCCGCAAAAGGUGGGCAAGGACCACGUGAUGGAGGAUGAAGAUGUUAUCCAGCUGGUGAAGAAAUAAAAGGAGUUUUAAAUCCCUGCAUGACCCGUGUGCCACAGUGACUACGUUUACAUGCACUGUCACUUACCAAGAAAUAUUAAAUAUUAAAUCAGUUAUUCAUGCUUUAA